UAUUGUACCAAUAAAGUUUUGUGAAACGUUGCGUAAGCUGCGUCACGUUGCCAGAGGGGAGGAAGGAACACUAAUGGUGGCAGGCAGCUGAUGUUUAUCGGUGAUUAAAGGGAAAUAGAGCUGUUGCCGAUACUGUUUAAUUGAAUUUCUUCAGUUAGUACAAUCUUAAUUUUGACAAGAACCCUCAAUAUGUUGCCACGGAGCACCACCUCGCUGUUUUGUGUUCUUUUUCAAGCCCUGGCAGCGGUUUCGCAGGGAUUCGGCGAGUUUGAGUCCGUCAGUGUCGGAGCACCGAUAAACGGGGACCGCUUCAGGAUCGAAGGCCGGUGCGUUGUGCCGGGUGUUAAAGCACAAGACUGGGUCUCUACAGCACGAGUCCUCGUCGAGGGAGAAGACCAUGUCGGCUUUUUAAAAACCGAUGGAAGUUUUGCUGUCAAUGAUGUCCCCUCGGGUUCCUAUGUAGUAGAGAUUGUGUCACCAGCAUACAAGUUUGAACCAGUUCGAGUGGACAUUACAUCAAAAGGCAAAAUGAGGGCCAGAAUGGUUAAUUUCAUUAAAACAUCUGAAGUGGUGCGCCUGCCUUACCCACUGCAGAUGAGAUCCUCUGGCCCACCUAACUAUUUCAAUAAGCGUGAAACGUGGGGGUGGACAGAUUUCCUCAUGAACCCAAUGGUUAUGAUGAUGGUCCUUCCAUUACUGAUUAUCGUCUUGCUGCCCAAGGUGGUCAACACCAAUGAUCCUGAGAUGAGACGGGAGAUGGAGCAAUCUAUGAACAUGCUGAACCCAAAUCCCGAGUUACCUGAUGUGUCUGAAUUCAUGACCAAACUCUUCUCCUCCAAGGGCUCUGGCAAGUCGGGAAGCAGCAUUAAAGCAGGAAAAAGUGGGCAAUUGAAGAGGAGGUAGUUCCUUCUUGUAACCAGGAACAUAAAUGCACAGAAACACUGCCUGGCAUGAAAUUAUUUAGUUUGUUUUAUUAUUGUCCUUUUUUUUUCUGUGUUUGUGUUUUUUAUUUUAUUUUUUGGAGACUGAAAACAAAUCCUAGUCUCUUGGUGUAGGUCUGUUACAUUACAAGCUAGAGAAGCUAAUGAUGCUAGGAACAGCUCAAAUAAAUGGAUUGCUUACAGUACAAGCCAGUUUUGUGAACAUUUGUUUCUUUUAAAUACCCCAGUUGUUUAAAGUAUUAUUAAAUCUUCUUGGGGCUGUUCAUGGCAUCAUUUGCCACCCCAAUUUUAUACUAAAUCGGGUUAUACCAUAAAACAUUUUAUUAUCAUUAAUUUAUUUUACUGUUCUAUGGGCUGUUUGAUAUACAUCACUAGUGUAACAUAUAAAGUUGCUUUGAAUUGUGUAUUUUUAACAGUGCUAACAAAAUUGAGAUGCCUAUGUAAUAAACCACACCUACUUGAAUACUUUAAGAGCUGAAAAUGAAAAUGUCUUUAAAUAAAUAUUAAUUUGAGAGUUUUAUUUGCCUGCAUAGACCCAGGAUAAGGGUUUAGAUCAUUAUAAAACGAUUAUUGUGAAUUCUUGUACUUUUAGAAAAGAGUAAAACUGUAUUUAAAUGCAAAGGAUAAUAAAAUUGUAAUCAUCA